CGCAAUUUACUCUGUAUAUAAUUCCUAAUAAUCGUAAACCCUAACUUCCAUCAUCUUCAUCGUUACCGCCACAUUCUUCAUCGGCGAUCUCCAAAAUGCCGUUCAAGAGGUACGUUGAGAUCGGAAGAAUCGCACUGGUCAACUACGGCAAGGAUUAUGGAAAACUUGUGGUCAUUGUCGAUGUUAUUGAUCAAAAUAGGGCACUUGUUGAUGCUCCUGACAUGGUAAGAGGCCAAAUAAACUUCAAAAGACUGACACUCACGGACAUCAAGAUCGACAUUAAAAGAGUUCCAAAUAAGAAAACCCUUGUUGCUGCAUUGGAAGCCGCUGAUGUUAAGAACAAGUGGGAAAGCAGUUCCUGGGGAAGGAAGCUUAUCGUUCAAAAGAAGAGGGCUUCGCUAAAUGAUUUUGAUAGGUUCAAGAUUAUGUUGGCCAAGAUAAAGAAGGCUGGAGUUGUAAGGCAAGAACUAGCAAAGCUUAAGAAGGAGACCACAGCAUGAUAUGGUCUAAAUAUCAAGAUUUUGUUGUAGCUUAUUUGAAUUUGAUGAGUUAUUAUGAUUUUGUGUCGGGACUGAAUGAAAUAUAUGUUUCACUUUUGGAUUUCUAUUUUUGUUGCUUUAAUGUUUGUAUAUUAUAGAUUGAUUAUUGAUACUUUUUCUAUGCAUCAGGGCUAUAAUUCUAAGAUUA